AUGCGCGCAUUUCUUGUUCUGUUGUCAGGGCUUUUCUGCACUGGUGCGACUUGGGCGCAGACCCUGGGCAGCAGGGCUGCCAACCCAGAUUUCACGGGGGAUAUAGCUUGCACAGAUGUUAUGUGCAUCUCAGCUCUUGUCAAUGGGUCGACCGUUCAAUACGUUUUGCAGACAACGAACGCGGCGCCGUUGGGUUAUAUGGCCAUUGGUCUCGGAACCGUCAUGGCCAAGAGCCCAAUGGUCGUAAUGUGGUCGAACUCGGAUGGAACCAUCACGCUCUCCCAGCGCGAAUCCUCAUCUCAUGCCAUGCCGACGGUAGUCGCCAAUCCACCCUUUACUGCGACAUCAGACCCGAACCUGAGCUCUCUGAGUGGCUCAAACGAGAAGUUCGCGUACACGAUGCCUCUGAACAGUUCCGCCACGACCCAAAAGAUCAUCUACGCCUUCGGCACUGAGAACCCAGGCUCCUCCUCCGCUUCUGCAUCCAUCGCCCAGCACAUUUUCGCGAGCACCCUCCAGCUGAACCUAGCCCAGCCCGUCAGCGCCGCGUCCCUUGCGAACUUCACGGACCCUGUCACCAACUCCCCCAGUGGUGGCACGGUCACACUCGGGUUACUACCAUUCGAGAAGCUGAUCGUUGCGCACGGGAUCAUUUGCGUGAUUGGGUUCCUCGUACUCCUCCCCGCGGGUGCACUGCUCGCGCGGUAUUUUAGGACGUUCACCACCAAGUGGUUCAAGGCUCAUUGGAUCGUGCAGUUUGCCUUCGGCGGAGUGAUUAUCCUGGUCGGUUGGGGCCUUGGCAUCGCCGCAGUCCAGCAGUCUUUCUCGGGGCACUUCAGCGACGACCACAAGAAAUGGGGCCUUGCGCUCUUCGUCCUCUAUAUUCUGCAGAUCGUCCUGGGCGCAGUUAUACAUUACUGGAAGCCUGGCUUCUUUCUCCUCGGCGGGCGCAGGCCGAUCCAGAAUUAUUUCCAUGCGGUGUUUGGGCUUGUAAUUAUUGGGCUUUCAUUUUACCAGGUGCGCACGGGAUAUCGCGACGAGUGGGAAAUUUCCACUGGCCGAGGGAUAUCUAAUGCUGCAAACAUCGUGUGGUACAUCUGGAUCGUGCUGCUCCCCGUACUCUACCUCGCAGGCCUCGCGCUCCUUCCUCGGCAGUUUAAGCAGGAGCGCGUGACAAAACCCGAUCCUUCUGCCUCCUAUAUGGACCUGGGCGCAGUGCCGAUGACCAAGAGGAACGAGGAUUAUAGAAUAGUGGAGCAACCGCGGCUGGGGGGUGAGGGAUAUGGGGACGACGAGCCAGUCGGUCAGUGGUCGAGGUGA